AUGUUGACACGCCCAUUACUGGCUCUGUCACGCCCUAUGGCACUGGGUGCCCUUAGACCUGCCGUUCUCGUCAGAACUCUCACCACUGCAGGUCCCACCACAACCGUCAGAUCUACACCAAUCAUUACCCCCUCGCAUCUCUCCACACUGUCUCGAUCCACACCAUUUGUGUCCAAUUGCACACUUUCUCUGCUGAAGCGGUCAUUUCAUGUGUCCUCUGACGCUCGAAGCGCCGCUAAGGCCGAGGGGAAGCCCAAGGUGUCGGCCUACGAGAAGGCCAACAUGCGCCUGGCCAAGAUCGGAGUCUUUUUCCAGCUGUCGUGGUACCUAGGAAUCAUUCUGGCGGCACUGGGACUGUUUGGACUCGUCUGGUACUACCUGAUCAUGGAGCUGGUGAUGCCCUCUGGAGACGUGCGAAUCUUCAACCGAGCGUUCAAGGAGAUUGAGAAGAACGAGGAUGUCAUGCGAGUGCUCGGAGGCCAACUAUCGUCCAUGGGCGAAGGUGGAGGAGGCCGAUGGGGCCGAAACCAGCCCCCCGUCAGCAAACGAGGCAUCGACAAGUACGGCCGAGAACACAUUUGGAUGAACUUUUACGUGUCUGGAGACAUCAACGAGGGACGAGCCAAGCUGGAACUAGUGCAGAACACAGACUCCAAGCUGUCGUCCGAGCGGUUUGUCUACCGAUACUUUGUCGUUGACAUUCCGGGCCACAAGCGAAUCUACAUUGCUGGAAACGCCGCGGAGAAGAUGGAGAAGAAGAAGAGUACCGGCUGGCUGGGCGUCAACUGGGGUAAGAGCGAUGAUGAGUAG